AUGAAAAUUUUCACUCAGGAUGUGGAGCUGGGGUAUGGGAACAUUGCCCCAAGCACUGUUGGAGGCAAGGUUUUCUGCAUCUUGUAUGCCAUCUUUGGAAUUCCACUGUUUGGCUUCUUGCUGGCUGGUAUUGGAGAUCAACUUGGAACCAUCUUUGGGAAGGGUAUUGCAAGGGUGGAAAAAGUUUUCAGAAAAAAGCAAGUGAGUCAAACAAAGAUCCGGGUGAUCUCUACCAUCCUCUUCAUCCUGGCAGGCUGCGUUGUCUUUGUGACCAUUCCUGCAGUUAUCUUCAAACACAUCGAGGGAUGGACAGCCUUGGAGUCCAUCUACUUUGUGGUUGUCACUCUGACUACUGUUGGCUUCGGUGACUUUGUAGCAGGAGGAAAUGCUGACAUCCAUUACCGGGAGUGGUAUAAACCCUUAGUGUGGUUCUGGAUCCUUGUUGGUCUUGCCUAUUUUGCUGCUGUCCUGAGUAUGAUUGGAGACUGGUUAAGAGUCCUGUCCAAGAAGACAAAAGAAGAGGUUGGAGAAAUAAAAGCCCACGCAGCGGAGUGGAAGGCGAACGUGACGGCUGAGUUCAGAGAGACACGGAGGCGGCUCAGCGUGGAGAUCCACGACAAACUUCAGCGGGCAGCCACCAUCCGGAGCAUGGAGCGCCGGCGCCUGGGCCUGGACCAGCGAGCCCACUCCUUAGACAUGCUCUCUCCAGAGAAGCGCUCUGUCUUUACUGCCUUGGAAACAGGACGCUUCAAGGCCUCAUCUCAGGAAAGCAUCAACAACAGGCCUAACAACCUGCGCCUUAAAGGGUCAGAUCAGCUCAACAAGCACGGGCAGGGGGCAUCCGAGGACAACAUCAUUAACAAGUUUGGAUCGUCUGCUAAGAUGACCAAAAGGAAAAACAAAGACCUCAAAAAGACCAUCCCUGAGGAUGUGCGUAAAAUUUACGAGACCUUCCGAAACUACUCCUUGGAUGAAGAAAAAAAGGAAGAGGAGACGGAGAAGAUGUUUAAUUCUGAGAACUCUUCUAGCACUGCAGUCCUGACCAACUGCAUCCAGCAGCACUCGGACCUGGAGAAUGGAAAUAUCCCCAAUGAAACCAAAGAAAGGGAACAUGAAAACAAAGCAUUACUUGAAGACAGAAAUUAAAUGUAAAAGAUGCUUGACUUAGAUUAACAAUGUUAGUGUUUUUAUAUACAUAUAUAUAUCGAGACACGUGCCUUAUACAGACUCCUUAUUCAGUCUGAAUUAUAUAGCAUCGAAGAAUAUUUCACUGUGCCAUAAAGACUCAAGCUUGCUCUGCCAAAACAAUUCAGGAACAAAGCACUGCAGAAUGGCAACAGAAAGCUACGCACAUGGAAAUUUCAGCCUGUAUAAGAUUACCAGGGCAAGAUACAAAGGAAGAGAUUGAACCACGGCAAAAUCGCCAGAGUGCUCCUACCAUGGCAUAAUGUUAGACAAAGGGCAGCUAUGUAAGAAGAGCCUUUCAGAGGGAUGAAAAAGAGUGUGUCUUUGUAAUGGAGUAUGCAUCCUUAAAGCCUUCCCCUGGUGAUUAAAAAGAGGAGAAAUGAUUGGAGCGAACUAGAAACUUUCAGUAAGGUUUAGUUUA